AUGGGGGCAGAAGCUUUAGUGAAAUUCUUGGCACAGAGACUGGAUUACUUGUUAUCCAAAGAGUCUGUUCGGCAAUGGAGCCGGGAGCUAAGGGACACCAUCUACGAUGUGGAAGAUCUCGUGGAUCAGUUCAUUACUGGGGCAAAUGUCUCAGAUGAGUCUGAAAAGGCUCUCUUGAUCAUCCGUUGUGGGAGUGAUUUGGAGAGUAUCCAAGUACGCCUCACCCAAAUCUUGGAUCGAAAGCCGCAGUGCGAUACAUCCGCUUCUUCAGCAGGAGGGGGCCAUGGAGAGAGCUCUUCUAGCUUAGUUGAUCCAGGUGAUCAAUCUUUAGCCUUACUGGUGUCCGAGUAUAUGAGUUUACCGUAUUACCUUAGGUCCUGCUUGAUGUACUGUUGUGUCUUUCCUGUGAAAUGUGGGCUAAGCAAAGGAACAUUGUCACGGAUCUGGAUGGCUGAAGGUAUCAUACAAGCGAAAUCAGGAGAAAUUCUGGAGGAUGUAGCUGAAGAGUAUAUUGAGAAACUAGUUAGCCUUGGUUUGCUUGAAACAGAACUGGACUGCAGAAUUGAAUUCAAAGUUCCAUAUCCACUUCACCGAUUUUUAGUCGAUGAAAUGAUGGAAGAAAACUUCAUCAUUGCCUGUUCACAUUCAGAACCUAUUAUCCCCGCCACUGCUGGUCAUGUCUCCAUCCACAACUGUUGGAAUGAUGCAAUACCAAACUUGAACGAUCUUCCGAUUCGUUCACUGUUUGUUGUUGGGAUAAGAUACUGGGAACACCCGAAAUUUACAUCCUACGGACUCAAGUAUUUGAGGGUGCUUCACUUAGAAUGGAUAAGGAAUAUGGUGAAGUUACCAGGUGAAGUCGGAGAUCUAAUACACCUAAGGUUUCUGGGUCUAAAGAAGUCCAGAUUUAGGGAGCUUCCUGAGAAUUUGAGGCACCUCUUAAUGAGCCGAUGCGAUUUACCAAUAGGUAUUGGGAGAUUAAAAAACCUCCAGAGUGUCAAAGGAGUUUAUGCUCGUGGCAGCAUUUCGAGAGAGUUAGGUUGCUUAACCCAGCUCAGGGAACUUGGGGUGGUGUUGAAUGAUUAUGACGUAGGUGAACUGUCUACCUCUAUCAUGAAGAUGAGCGGCCUUUUGUCCUUGACUUUAAGUGUUGGCUCAAUUUUUGAUGAUCUUCUAGACACUUUGGAGCCAUUUUCACCACCACCAUUCCUCAGAAAACUCCAAUUAGAAGGCCGUCUAGUUAGUUUACCUGACUGGCUUAGUUCAACCGAAAAUCUUACUAAACUAAGAUUAGGCUUCUCCCAUCUAUUUGAGAACCCUAAUGCAGUGCUUCAGUUUCUCCCCAAUUUGAAGCAGCUUACUCUAUGGCAAGCCUACAAUGCUAAACAAAUCGGGAAAGAAUUCUGCCCGGUAGGUGGGUUUCCAAAGUUAGAGGUGCUUGUCAUCGCUUCAAACAACCUAGUAGAGUGGACUGAGAUUGAAAAGGGGGCUCUGCCCAGCCUGAAAUACCUGCACUUCCACUGCUGCUCUAGGUUGAUGAUUCUUCCGGAAGGAUUGCAGUAUGUGACUACACUACAAAAACUCUCUCUUUUUCCUUUGCAUGGGGAUCAUGCCCGAAGAUUAGAUCCUGAAAGAGGUAUAGAGCACUACAAAAUCAAACACAUACCGGAGGUGCGAUUUUUCGAAUAG